AUGGGACCAAAGGCAUCACAAAGCCGUUCGCCGGCUCCGUGGUGCGAAGCAGCAGCGCGCGAGGACGCUGCUCAAGCCCCGAAUAGUGGUAGAUUGAAGAAUGGUCAACCUCCGCCUCCUUCUCACAAUACAUUUCACACUUCAUGCCCUCGACGCACGACGGACAAAAGCCCUGCAGCAGCUUCUGAGACUGCCCCUAAGUACAAAUACAUUGAGGAUUGUGAACGGCUAGAGAGGUACUGUCCAGGCGGCUUUUACCCGUUAAAGCUUGGUGAUCGACUCUGUGAUGGAUGUUACUCUAUUGUUCAGAACCUCGGAUUUGGCGGCAGCUUUACAGUAUGGCUGGCUUCCGACCAGAAGCAACAGGAGUUAGUUGCUAUCAAAAUAGAAUCUGUUGAUUCUGCCUCGAAGUCUCAGGAACUUGACGCAAUCAAAGUCCUUGGCCUUUCAACGGACUACUGGAUCUUCGUCUCGCGUGAGCUAUUGCUGCAGACCUGGUGUUCGCCGUCCAGUUUUUACAGGGACAAAGCAUUAUCCACGGUGACCCUUCGCAAUUGUAUUUGGAAAUUUGGCAAUCCAAUUCUUGAGCCUAUUGUCCGAGUUGAUGGCAGACCUCUCCCGGCAGGAGUUCCUACUCACGUCGUUGGGCCUGCAAGAGUUGGAAUUCGGUCUGACCAAAUCACCCCUACCUAUUUGCCCCAUCAUGCUCUCUGA